GCGUUCGCUGUACUUCUCAUUUAGUUCUGUUUCUGUCAUGAUUUCGCAUACAAAUUCGUAUACCAUUUUGGCAUUUUUAAGUACAAUAGCUUGGAUUUUCACCGUUGUUGGACUUUUUGUGGGUCUAUUGAAGGGUAGACCAACUCUUCUUGUAUUUUGGUUACUUUUUUCUGGUUUUGCGACAUCUACUGAUAUUAUUUUCCUAAUAUGGAAUGUAACUUCGUCCCCUGUUUUCGACGUACAUCAUUUCAAGCUCUGGACUAUUUCUUACUGGGAAUUUUUUAUGAGUGCACUUGCUUGUACUUGGUAUUCCGAUAUUUCAGAAGACUAUAUUCCUAUCGUCUUCUGGAAGGCGACAACUAUGAUUGGACAUCUAAAGAAACACAGAAGACGGUAGCAAAGAUGAAGCAACUGAAGCAAUAUCUGGAACUUCAAAUACUAACCCCACUGAAGGAU